AAGUCAAUUGUCGAUAGGAUUUUCGGGUAAAAUAACGAAAGAAAUGUCGCUGUUGUUUGCAUUUUUUUUUGUUUUAAGCUGCAACUGCAGCCUGUUGCUUGCCAAACACAAAAAUAAGACCUGCAAAAUUCUGGUGGCCGAAUUGGGCGAUGGGCAGAGUAAAUUUGUGUACUGCGCCACCACAAAAUCCGUCCCUGUGCGGCUCUGCAUUGGAUGCGAAUUGGAGUAUAGGAAUCUUACGCGCUACUACGAUGCGUUGCUCUCCAGUCCAAACUGUUCGAAGAUAUAUCUCGAUUCGGAUCGCAUCAAUGUGGUGCCCACCACCCAGGGCAUACUCACAAAUCUCUGGCAGAAGGCAAGCUGCGAGGAUUGCUACAAUAGCAAUCAUUCGGACCUAUAUGACGAAAAGUGGAACACUCUGAGUGGCUGUCUCAGUGUACAUCACGGGGAUCCUUGCGUCGCCUGCAAGGGGGACUACAUCGAUCUGAACCAAUUUUACUUGGCAAUGGAGAAGGCAAACAAAGGACAUGUGUGCUUUGAUAUUCAGGACAGUAUGAAUCGCACACGUUCGAAUUGGUCUAAAACGUUAAAAUGCUGUCAGCGGGAGGUUAACCUAAAUACAUUCCUAAUUGCCGUCUGUGUGGUGGUCCUACUGCCCAUCGUUACCUUCUACAUCACCGCCAUUGUGCUGACCAAGCGGCGGGAGGCGAAUCAUGGACUCCUCAACGAGGAGAUUCCCGCAUUGGAUGCCCCAUCAACUUCUGCUCUCAUCACCGCCGCUGUGCUGUCGACGCCCACGGAAGCGCCAGAGGCAGUGACUGCCAGAACGGAGAAGAUUGCCAUCGUGUUGAGCGGCGCAGGGAUCGACCCUGAAUCUGACUCUGCAUUGGACUCCAGCGAUGAAGAGUUGUUAGUGAAACCAAAGAGAGCCUAAGUAUUUGAACCCCAUUUUCGAAAUAUUCUAAAAGUCAUCCAUUGAACCCAUUCGUAACUACAUUGUGGGGCGUAGAUUAUCACCCUCCUCCUAUAAGAUAUAUGUAUAAAAUAUUUUUUCGAAUCGUGCCACUUGUGUGAUAUCUCCAAAUAAAGUAACAAACUUUUUUUAUAGAUUUGUAA